GCUACCCAGUCGUGCGACGUCUGCGUCUAGUGAACACGGAAGACAGGAAAAGAGGGCCGUCAAGGCUUUUACGUACGUUCUACUUCAAUCUGUCUAUUGAUAAAAUGGCUCAUGCUCAAUAGAUACUCUGUUCUUUCUUGGUGGUAAAGAUGUGAAGGUGAAGCAAGUAGUUGUAGAAGCAGUUGUAGUAAAUACUAUUCAAAAACAACCUAUCCAUACCAAUAAUUACCACACCAGGUACACGCACAUGGUUCCAGGUGGUUUGCUGGUCGGCUAUCGGUUACAGACGCAGUUUGAUCCGAGAGCCCUGGUUCUCGACGACAAAUUUCUUGAAGAUUUCAUUGGUAGGAUCGCUUGGUCUGGCGUUUUUGAGAAUUUGUGUGCCUUCGACAACCACGCCUGCUGGAUUCCACCAACGAAAGGCUCUGCCUCUCAAAACACAGGUGAUAGUGGUCUAUUGAAAAAUAUGUCCAAAAGCAGCAGCAGCAGUCGUAGAGAUGCAGUUCGUGCUGGCGCAACGGUUGAAAAAGGUGGAGAUCAUGAUGCAGAAGUGAGGUUCGAUUCCGAUAUGAACAACUUCUUGCCUGAAGUGGCUAUGGCUGCUGUGUC